UAACGGCGGCGGCGGCAGCGGCAGCGGCGGCGCUGGUGCGGGCGAGUUCGGCGGGUGCAGGUCCCGGCCUGCGCCUGCGGAGGGCUCAGGCGGAGGGUCGAAGCGGGCGGCGCUCGCGACAGACUGCGCUCCGCGAUGGUGGGCGUCCCUGGAGCGGCCGCCUUCCAGCACUUAUUUAACUACCUACUGGGAACAUAUAUGUGGUUUAAGAGUCCGCAUUAAAAACUUAAUGUCCUGCCGAAGUGACAAAUACCUUUAAUCCAAGCAUUCAAGAGGAUCUCUGUGAGCUCAAGGACAAGUCAGGGCUACAUAUUGGUUGUGAGAAAAGGGUGCCAGCAAUGCCUGGAUCGCCUGUGGAAGUGAAGAUACAGUCAAGAGCCUCACCUCCCAUCAUGCCACCCCUCCCACCAAUAAAUCCUGGAGGACCGAGGCCAGUGUCCUUUACUCCUACAGCAUUAAGCAAUGGCAUCAGCCAUUCCCCUCCUACCCUGAACGGUGCCCCAUCGCCACCACAGAGAUUCAGCAACGGGCCCGCCUCCUCCACGUCCUCAGCGCUAACAAAUCAGCAGUUGCCAGCUACUUGUGGUGCUCGGCAACUCAGCAAGUUGAAACGCUUUCUCACUACUCUGCAACAGUUUGGCAAUGACAUCUCACCUGAGAUUGGCGAGAAGGUUCGGACGCUUGUUCUAGCCUUGGUGAACUCAACAGUGACAAUUGAAGAAUUCCAUUGCAAGCUCCAGGAGGCUACAAACUUCCCACUUCGUCCAUUUGUAAUUCCGUUUCUCAAGGCCAACCUGCCCCUGCUGCAGCGAGAACUGCUGCACUGUGCCCGGGCUGCCAAGCAGACCCCAUCCCAGUACCUGGCCCAGCAUGAGCACCUUCUGCUCAACACCAGUAUCGCAUCUCCUGCUGACUCUUCUGAACUGCUUAUGGAGGUUCAUGGAAAUGGAAAGAGGCCCAGUCCCGAAAGGAGGGAUGAGAAUAAUUUUGAAAGAGACACAGUUCCUCCUGAACCGCCUGCCAAGAGAGUGUGCACUAUCAGCCCUGCUCCUCGGCACAGUCCUGCCCUCACUGUUCCCCUCAUGAGUGCCGGGGGCCAGUUCCAUCCUACUCCACCACCUCUUCAGCACUAUACCUUAGAAGACAUUGCAACUUCUCACCUGUAUCGGGAACCAAACAAGAUGCUAGAACACCGAGAAGUUCGUGAGAGGCACCACAAUCUUAGUCUCAAUGGAGGCUAUCAAGAUGAGUUGGUAGACCACCGUUUGACAGAAAGGGAGUGGGCCGAUGAAUGGAAACAUCUUGACCAUGCCCUGAAUUGCAUCAUGGAAAUGGUGGAAAAAACGAGGCGCUCCAUGGCUGUCCUGAGGCGCUGUCAGGAAUCUGACCGUGAAGAGCUUAACUAUUGGAAAAGGCGGUGUAAUGAAAAUACAGAGUUGAGGAAGACUGGGACCGAGUUGGUCUCUAGGCAGCACAGCCCUGGGAGUACAGAUUCUCUCAGCAACGAUUCUCAGCGGGAAUUCACCAGUAGGCCAGCAGCAGGAUACGUGCCUGUAGAGUUUUGGAAGAAAACAGAAGAAGCUGUGAACAAGGUGAAAAUUCAGGCCAUGUCAGAGGUACAAAAGGCUGUAGCUGAGGCAGAGCAAAAAGCCUUUGAAGUGAUUGCAACUGAGAGAGCUCGAAUGGAGCAAACCAUAGCGGAUGUCAAAAGGCAGGCGGCAGAAGAUGCUUUCCUGGUCAUCAAUGAGCAAGAAGAGUCCACAGAGAACUGCUGGAACUGUGGCCGAAAAGCCAGCGAGACGUGCAGUGGCUGCAAUAUUGCUCGCUACUGUGGCUCCUUCUGCCAGCAUAAGGACUGGGAGCGGCACCACCGCCUCUGUGGCCAGAGUCUACAUGGCCACAGUCCUCACAGCCAGAGCCGGUCACUGCUCCCUGGAGGGCGGGGCUCAGCCAGGUCUGCUGACUGCAGUGUGCCCAGCCCAGCCCUGGACAAGACCUCAGCUACCACCUCACGGUCCUCAACACCUGCCUCUGUGACAGCCAUUGAUGCCAACGGGCUCUGAGCUACAGACUCCACCUCCCCUGAUGACCCCUCCACAUGGCAGAAUGCUUGCAGCAGUGAGCUGGCUAUGCGAACAAGCAGCUCUGUUGGGUCAUCAGCAGGAAAUGAAGUGGCAGGAAGCAUCAGAGGUUCCACAGCUUCCCCGGGGUUUGCCACAUGUCCUUGGAAGAACUAACGGAUCAUUCUGUGCACACAGGAAGGAGCUUGAGCUGCCUCCUCCAUGGCUUUCCUGAGGUUUCUCUUCCAGCUAAAGCUGGCACAACCAGCCCCUUCUCAGUGUAUACACCAGCUCCCUCCAGCUCCCUGCAUCAGCAGAUUGUCAGUAGUGUCCCAGCAGGCACCAGUGUCCCACAGUGUCCAUAGUAGAGGCCUGAAGAUUGGUAGCAGUAGGAGGAGGCCCUUCCUUCCCCUGCCUUCAAACAGUUCUUUGAGCCCCAUAUCCACCCUCAGGUGACACGGAUUGGCCUAAAAGAGACUUGGGUAGCACAAAAGCAGUAAGUACUCAGAACUCCUUCCUGAGCCACUCAGAGCUGUUAAGAGGCUCAAAAAUGGAAGAAAGAAGUCACUAUUUCAGUAAAAUCUCUAGUAAUGAUUAAAAAAAUUAAAUUAGUCUUCCCAAGAUCAUGGAUCAUUUUGGACAAGAUUUUCCAACCGGGCCAUCUUCGUUAGUUUGGAACCCACUCACCCCCCACCCCCCACCCCCCACCCCCCACCCCCCACCCUCCACUCCCAACUCCAGUGUUUCUUUGCUUGUGCUAAUCUCCACCGCAUGGGUUGGUCUGAGAGGAUAAACCAUUGUGUUAGUCUUUUCUCUGAGCAUGCUGGCCACACUAAAAUGUUCAGUGGAUCACCUUGGAAAUGCAAAACCCUCUGCCACUGCUUGACUGUUUAAAACAGUCACCUUGUUCUGUGUCCUUCUCCCUCUCGGACUGUGCAUGUCUGGAUCCUUGGUGUCUCGCGCAUAGGUUCUGUUUGGCACAUGUUUAAGCAGUGCUCCUGACCCUGAUGGCAUUAUUCACACCUGGUUUUGACAUCGCCUCACGGGUUCGUUAUCAGGUAAACGUUCUUGGCAUCCUUUUUCUGUGUUUGAUAGUGUCCCUCACAGCUCAGAGUUUGUGAAGAAUGAGAACUGUUUGAAGAGCUUGACCUGUUAUUCUUCCCAUCUUCAGGAACUUUUCCAGUUACCUGAUUCUCCAAAUAGAAAUUGGAGACAAGAUCCAUUAGUCUUUACUGGAUCCCAUUGAUCAGGCCGAGUACUGCUCACAUCUUUUCCCUCGCCAUUGUUAGUUGCCAGCACCUUACCUUGGCCACUCAGUCUACUCUAGCAUCCUUUUAAAGCUCUGUCAGACAAUUGGGAUGAGUCAUUUUUUUGCUUUUGCAAGCUGUGGCCACUAUUUGUACAAUGACCAAGUCUGAAUACUAGCCCUUGCCCUAUAAAAGUAUGGAUGUAUUGUCCUUGCACAUAGUUAAGGCUGAUUUAAAGAUACCAAGCCCCUAUCUUAAUAGAACAAGGGUUUUCAGACUUAGAAACUUAGGCCUUUAAAAUCAUGUUAUUUUAGCAUAGAGUACCCAAGACCCACUGCUUGCCAGACAGCCUAGUGCAGCCUGGCCUCACUGGUCCCAUCCCAUCAGUCUAGUACCCCAGCCACUGGGGACAACUUUUGUUUUACUAGGUAGGGUUAGUACCAGACAGCACUUGUCCACACUCAGACACAAAACUGUCAAGAGAAGAUCACAGACUUCUGUGAACCUAAGAAUGUCUCCUGGUGUACCACAGGUCAUUAGUAGAUUGGAUGAACACAUUUUAAAUGUUAAAAUCUUUUUGCCACAGGACUAGCCCAGAUAGUUGGAAUCAAGAGCUAGGACCAAUGCACUAGUACUUACCAGGUUGGAGAUUGGUUUAUAUAGCAAAGGUUUGGGAUACAAAAUCCAGCUUAGCUAUGUGGUUAGCCUGACAGAUUCCAAAUUUCUAUAGUGCUGUUGGGGACUACCUGGCUUCUGUGUCCUGCCAGGUUUGUCUACAGACCUGGGCAGUACUUUAUUUACAUUACAUGGUUCAGGUCCCAGGCUUGCCACUUUCGCAGUCAGCAUCACUCUCAAGUGGCAUCUGCUUAGGACUUGCUUUCCAAUGUAAGUUGUUCUUUUGGCAGUUCUCUAACUCCUCCCUAGGCAGGAGCAGUAGCAGCAUCUGAGGAGCUGGAGUUAGAAGUGAAUCCUGGCUCCCCACUGUAUUUCUAGUCCGCUUAUAUGACCCUCUGCCACACGGCUGGGAGUGAACACAAAGUUUCAGGCUGCUCAGGAGGCUGGCCUCUGCAGUAACUACUUGGGGAACAAAAGUGGUCAGGGCUUGGCCAUCCAAUACCAAGUGUGGGAUAAAAUUACAGAAACUAGACAACAAAAGUAACCAAACUGGGAGUCAUGCACUGUUUCUCACUCCAGCGAAUGAAGACUUGACAAAGCUAGGUUGGGAUGUGGCUUAUUUGAUAGCAUGGCUAGCAUGGAUUUGAUUCCCAGUGUGACAUAAACCAGCCAUGGUGGUGCAUACCUAUGAUCCUAAAACUUGGGAGGUCGAAGCAGAAGGACCAGAAGUUUAAGAUUAUCCAUAGCUGCUUAGCAAGUUGAGACCAGCCUAAGUUACUUUAGACCUAUCCCACAAAAAGACUCACUGAAGGGGUCCCUGCAGCUCCUUCAGAUUGACUCAUGCAGGGAGGUAGGUGGUGGUGAGGGCACAGGCUGAAUGGCUGUUCCUGAGGUACAAAGUUAUGUGCUGCUUGGAUCUGCAUGGAACAAGCUGUCUGCCCCCCUGAGUCUAUCCAGGCAUUGGCUGUCAGUCUUCUGUAAUGUGGACUCCUUUAUCCAUUUGACCCCCAGGAAGUGCUUCUUCGCAUCUUGAUGUCAACUUUACCAUCUUUAGCUUCCAAAGCGGAAGUGUACGAAUUCUUGUCACCUCAUAGUGAAGACAUUUUUUCUGAGUGGUUCUGGAUCUCAGCAGGUGUGUGAGGCCUCCACACAACUGCAAGUGUGUGUUAGUGGUUCUCCUGGAGCAUAAGGAAUGAGCAGAUGGCCUUCGUUCUGGAAACUGCAGACAGGACUGUGGGUUGGAUAAACCUUUACAAAUAGGACACAUCCUGGAGGCUUGCUUCAGAACUGGACUGGAACCAAGGUCUCCAGGCUCCUGGCUCAGGAGACUAAGCCAGUGUCCUUUGAUGAGUGUUAGCUGUUUGCAGAGAACUGGGUGGUGGCAGGUUUGAACCAAAUGUGAGAAAAGCCAGAAGGAACUGAGCUGGCCAUUGUGAGCCAGAUGGCCAGCUGUGGAAGAUCCUUGGUCCAGCAGCUGCUUAGCAGAGCCUGGCCACUCAAGUAUAUUCCUUUAAAGCCAAAAUGCUGACUGCCUGCUCUGCCUCAUGUGACACCCAUUUCCAAAGAUGAUGGAGCAAGUGAGCCAGGAGGACGCGAGAUGGCGGGUGAUAAUUUCUCCAUCUUCCCUUCCACAGCCCAAGAGGCGGUACUUCCCGCUUAGACCCCGUCUUGUCACACCUCCUGCUGCCCAGUGUAAACUGUCAGUGCUUAUGCCAAAAAGGGCAUGCGCAGCUGCAGUCAGGGACAGCCUAGUCCCUGGCUUGUGUUGCCUGGAAGAAGCUGUAACAAUCCAGCGAAUGGUUGAAGGGCUGUUUGAUAUAAGGCCUUCAUUCCACUCCUGUGGCUUCCCAAGUUCCUGAUGAGGCUACGACGGCUCCAUCCCUACAGAAAACCAAUAAUGUAAAUAAAAGCCAAUCCUGCAAGCAUGGUUUGCAGAGGCGGCAGAUGAAUGUGAAGCCACCGGCAGGAUGCAUUUGAGUCUGGUUUUUCUGUGCUUUGUCAUUUGACUCAAUAGGAACUUUUGUUACUUAACUCUGUGCAUAACUUAUUUAAUGUACUGUAUAAAUGAACCAAAACUGUUAAAUAUGUAUUUAGUUUGUUCUACUUAAAGUAGUUAAUAAAAAUGCUAUAUUCCUUUUCUGACUCAA